AUGCCGCUGAGGCGACCUCACACAAAGAGUCGACACGGUUGCAUACAGUGCAAAGCCUCUCACAUCAAGUGCGAUCAAGGCCAUCCUACCUGUGGGUCAUGUAGAAAGAAAGAAAAGAAUUGUACUUAUGGAUUGCGGCGGAAGGAUAUAAGUCAGGCAUCUAAGCCUUUUCUCCUUCCACCCACUACCUCGACCGUCUCCGAACAAGAACGCGAAGUCUCUGACAUCUCUACAACCUACAGCGAAGCUUCUGACCAGGAAUUUCUUUUUUCGGGUCAAAUUUCUACUCCUCCGCAUCUCUCACGUGCGGAGACUGGUGCAUCAAUCUUUUGGGAAGAUCUAGAACUCAUGCGUCACUUCGUUACCGAGACAUAUCUGACCUUUUCCUGCAUUAAAUCAAUCCAAAAUCUAUGGCGGAUCACGAUCCCAAAAAUGGCUUCUGAUCACCCGUUCAUGAUGCACGGUCUUCUAAAUAUUUCUGCCCUUCAUCUCGCGUUUCUCAAUCCCGCCAAAAGAGACCUAUAUCUUGCCCCUGCAAUCCGACAUCAUGACCUUUUUCUCUCGCUUUAUCGAUCUGAAUUGCAUAAAAUUACACCAGAUAACUGCUCUGCAAUGUUCAUUUGCUCUACGUUGAUCUCUAUAUGUACUCUCGCGUUUCCUAUCUGCAACAAAUCCCCUCUAUCAAUGCCCUCUGACUACUCCUACCAUGAACAACUGCAGCAAUUUGAUAGUCCUAUUCAACUGGCUUCCAGCCUCUUCAUUCUUCUCCAAGGUGCCUUCACACUAGUUCGCAUCUACUGGCAGUGGCUAGAAGACAGUGCCAUCUCUGCCCUCGUCACAAAUCGCUUCCAGUCUUGCGAAGCCGGGUCGUACGCCAAAAUUCGCCUCCAAUCUUCGGACUCGGCCUUUAGGCUUCUUAUGGCACGCAUCGAGUCAAUGUCAUCGCAGCCAAACUUAUCGUCAUCAGAAUCAUCUACGCAACAAUCCUAUUCAUCUCAGCACACAUCUCCUUCUCCACUCUCCUCUGAAGAAUUGAGUGCUUACAAAAACGCCAUCAGCACCCUACGAGACGUCUUCAUGCUUUUAAACUCGAGUGAAGCGGACAAUGGAGUUGUUUUAAUAUGGCCCUUUUUACUUGAUGCAGAACAGGGCUUUGCAACGCUGCUGAAGGAAAUGCGACCGCUCGCAUUAGUAAUCUUGGCACAUUAUGGAGUGGCACUUCAUGCAUCUCGGGAUGACUGGUUUAUUGGAGAAUGGGGACGAAACCUCAUUUUGGACGUCAAGAAGACUUUGUCACUAGCAGGGGACGAAGUUGAGUUGCAGGAAUUGAUCGCUUGGCCGUUGGAGAUGGUGAGCACUGGUGAGGGACCGGACAGGAGUGACGUAAAUAGAUAGAGUUCGAAAAGGAUCCGAAUUCUAUCGUAUGAGAAAGGGUCAGAUGGUUGAGGGCUUACUAACACCAAAUUCUUGCUGUCCGUGCCUGGUAAUUUCCCUGUACAGGAAGUUUGCCAAGAUCAGCAUGCUAAAGGUAAAUGGUUCAUAUACCAGCAAUUCUACAAGAUUCGCAACUUGCCACAGACAUAAGGUAGAAGCUUGAGAGAAGACAAAAGGGUAAAAGAUCAUAGUUCUCCGAAAGCUUUGGGCCUGACAACUGUGAUGAAAUCGAGUUGACAAUUUUAUACAAGAAACUUGGAAAUUGUAUAUGAUUGAGAGCGGUAGGCGCGCACAAAGUUGAUUCGAGCUUAUAGCAAUCGAAGACUUCAGUCGGUUCUAGAUUUUAGAACGUGAAGUCAAGCGCCAUGGGAGCCUCAAUCUCCACAGAAAAUUUGGGAUAAAAAUCGCAAUCAAAGGUUUUAGCCUCUUUGAAUUUUGAACGAAAAAACCUUAAAUACUUAUUAUUAGAAAA